CAAACUGAACUGCAAGCAUCAAAAAGCAAGACAAGAACGAAUAAGAAAUUUAUUUGGAACAACAUGUCGGACAAUGAGGAUUUGUUAGGCGAUGAUCUCGGUGACCAGAGCCUCGCUGACUAUAACCUUGGAAAUGAGGAAGAGGAGCAGCUUUUGGCCGAUGACUAUGAGAGUGGGUCCUCACAAAAUGUGCCCACUUCAGUGGGUCCCAAUUACGUGAAUAAUGUCGAAAUGAUACCCAACGAGUUUCCUGGUCAUUCUUUGGAGUAUAAUGCACCGUUGCCAUACCAACCGUUGCCGGAACCAGAAUGUGUUGUGCCCAACAUAACGGUGGAAGUGCCCAACACUCCCGUGCCGUUUCCGGAACACAACGUAUUCCCGUUCGAGCAGCCGCCGGUUUACGGUCCGGAGCAUGCGGUGGUGCCCCCUCCUAUUCCUGCGGCAGUGCCUGUAGAGUCGUCACAGAUUGUGCCUUCAGAAAUGGCCCCGCCCGGUGCGAUGCCGGGGCGAGGUCGCGGGCGCGCGCCGCGCCAACGUGACAUUCCCGACUCGUUGGACAAAGUGAUAGUGAGGGGUCAGCGUGGGCGCGGCGCCUGGAGGCCGCAUCCCUACCACAGGAGCUAUGUCAGGGCAAAUUUCAACCAGCGCUCAUCGUUCCCACCCCCUCAAAUUAGACAUAGUCCCCCUAGAAUAAGGCCGGAAAUCCGACCAGAUAGGCCAGAAAUCAUUCCCGACAGGCCGGAAAUUAGACCCGACCCGGUUCCUAUUGUCCCUCCUAUACCAAUACGACCCAAGAUGUCCCCUGAAAGGCCAAUGUUACAAGAAGUCCCGUUUCGUAACGAAAAUCCGCCAUUCCGGCCAGACACUUCACCUGUAAGGCAAGAAAACCCACCGUUUGGACCCGAGGGCGUCCCAUUCCGCCCCGAAAACAUCCCUAUCCGACCCGACAAUGUCCCUCUCCGACCCGACAACGUCCAAUUCAGACCUGAUCCGCAAUUCGGGCCGGAAAUUCCAUUCAGACCCGACCAUCCGCCGUUUGGCCCCAACUUUCGAUUCCAAUUUAGACCCGAAGAGCGAAAUUUCAGACCGAAUUUCAACCUUUAUCCUCGUCAAUUUGGACCGAGGCCAUUUGGGCCUCCGAUCAGGGAAAUAGCGCCUAAUAAUGCGAGUCAUAUGCCACAAGUGACUAUAAGGCAGCCUCUGCCAAUGGGCCACAAUCCAGGGGGUAGGGAGCCGGAAGUGAGGAUGUUGCCGCUCCAGUUGCCCCCCAAUUUGCCGCCCGGGGGAUUGGCCGGGAAGAAAGUUCUGAUCAAUCCGCACUUCAAAGGGACCUUCCAGCCUCCUGUCGAAGGUCUGCCACUGCCCGCGUACAUACCCACCCGCAUCAUCAAGUCGCCACCGCUAAGUCCCAUGUUGGAGAGCAAAUUCGGAGCUAUCAAGGACAUUGACGACGCGGCAGAGAGGUUUAUAGCGGAACAGAGGAACGCCCUUGCCAGAGCCGCCACCAGGAAGUUUAGGAGAUCACCGCAGAGAUACAUAGAGAACACAACGAUAGAGAUUGAGAACGAACUGGCCGCCGCGCCCGGCUUCCCUCGCGACAGCGACGCCGAGUUGCUUCGGAAGCAGGAGGAGUUCAUACACGCCAACAGAGCGGGGCUGAGGAGACGUAUGAGAACCCCAUCGCCGGAUUCCCCUCGAGAACCACCGCGAGAAACACUCCGAGAACCGCGAGAAUCCCGAGAACCACCGCGAGAAACACGCGACCGCCGCAGAUCCCUGUCACCGCGCCGCAGCCCCGAGAGACGUAGGACUUCGCCCGUUAGAGACGAGGAAAGUGAAUACCGCCGCCGUAUGCGUGAACAAGAGAAUCUUAGAGAGAGAGUUUUAAGAGCGAAAGAGUUCAGACGGCGGAAGAAUGCAGUGGCGGCUACUCAGACUGCGAGAAACAAUGAGGAUGCGGCGAGAAAUAGGGAUCGCGAGAGACAAGAGAAAGAGAGGGAGCCACCGAAGCCCCAAAAGGCGGAAGACAAACCGGAAGUCAAACCGGACUCCACUGAAAAGGAGAAAGCAAGAGAACGCUCGCCGGUUAGAAGUGCCGAGGUCAACUCUACCAGUGAAACACUAACGCCGCCGCGCGAAGACUUGCCGCGCGCCGCCGACACGCCGGAGCCGGCGCUCACUCCGCCGCUGCCCGAGAAACUGGACAAAUCCGGCGAGAAACCAAACGAGAAACCUAUCGAGAAAUCCAAAGACAAGUCGUCGGAUAAGUUGCUGGAUAGCGACGACGAUUUGGAUUUGAUUUUGGGCGAUAUUGAUGGUAUUCUGUCGGACGACGAAGAUUCUGGACGGUUUAAGGAGAAAACUAAGAAGCAGUCGCCGGCGCCGCGGCCGAGCGACCUGCGCGCGAGGCUGGCGCCGCGACACAAGCAGCGCAUCGUGUUCACCGACCGCCCGGCGUCUCCUCCACGCCGCGCGGCAGCCAGCAGUUCCACUCCUAACAAUGACAAUGACACUAACAAUAAGACUAAACAGAAAACGGAAGUGAACACAAAUAAAUCACGGCAAAGGAUAAUUUUCGAUAGGAAACAAACACAACAAAUGGAUAAAACAGAAGCGGACGACGACAGAAAGCCGCAGCAGGCGUUCGCCAACCGGCGCGUCGUGCUGCAAACGAAAUUCGCGUCGAAAAAAGAGAAAUCCGUUUUCGCGCGCAUCGAAAAAACGGAUCCGUCCAAACCCAACCCGGGUAUAUUCAGUCGAGCCGUGCGCACGGCGAUCGGAUCGGAUAAAAAUCGGAUCGUAGUGAAAAAAGACGAACCGACAGUCGAAUACGGAUCGGAUUCUGAUGACGAGAUGAUGAUAGCUAUGGUGAGCAAUUUGCCCGAAGGCAUAACGGAUACAAGAUUGAAGACUUUGGCCGGCGCCGAUUUGCAGACACUUAUUUUGGAUAAGGAGGCGUGCACAGCGAAGAUAACUUUUAAAACAACGGGCGCGGCUGAGAGCUUCAAGAAGAAGUUUCACAACAAAAUGGUAUCGAAAAGCAGGCUCGUCGUUAAAUUAUCUUGAAUACGCGUGACAGAUAAUGGUAAAAAUAACAGAGGAUUUUUGUGGAAAUAGAAAGAAAAUGUUAUAAAAUUUUGUAAAAAAAAAACAAGCAUAUCGGAUUGAUGUAAAAAAAAAAUAAUAUUAAUCGAUAUUUGUCGUUUUUUUUUUUGUUAAACUAGACUUUUUCUAAAAUUUUGUGUAAAUGCAGCCUUAAGUUAUAUUACAUAAUAACAAAAAUAAUGUAAUAAUGAAUAAAUAUUACAGGUUUCCUUUUUUUUAAAAUUUGAUAUGUUCUAAAAUUUUUGUCAAGAAGCAGGCUCGGCUUAUUGUUGUCUUAAAUACAUGUUUGGCAUGUAAGAAUUAUAGUUACUAUUGGUUUUUGUGAAAUUAGAAAUCUUGAAUAAAUGUUUUUAAUGACUGUAAGAAUUAUUCAAGUCUAUUUUUUUGUGAUAACUGAAAAAUAUUCAUGAAAACCUUUCUCAUGAAGGGUGAAAACAAGAAUAAAAAAUUUAAGUUGUAUGUUUAAGAAUACAUGUGUAAGGUUUUGUUAGGAUAGAGGUCAUUUUAUUUGGGGCUACGGCCUCUUUUUGAUUUAAGUAUAUUUUGACACUGGUUGGAGAAAAUUAUAUACUUUCUAAUUAUUUUUGCCAGUAAAUUAGAAUACUAAAUCAUUUUGGUUAAGAAAUUUGCGUUUUAUUUGCAUAAUAAUAUGAAGGUAGCGUUUGUUUACAAAAAAAAAAAAUCGUUCCCUUAAAAAAUCAAUCCGAAUGAAAUGUGGGAAACUAUUCACGAACGUUUACAAUGCAUUAUGUCUUAUCUCUCUUUCUAUCCUUGGUUAACCUCAGACAAAGAGAGUAGAUAAGACAUAUGCCUUAUUACGUUCGUGAAUACCCGGUUAUUUGAUAUUUGAUUGGGUUGAUAAAAAAGCAAUAAUAUUUGUAUUUUAAAAUUAUGAUUGAUGUAGAUAAUUACUGUAGGACCAGGUAUAUUCCCUUGAGGCACGCCAAAUGUUUCCUGAAUAGUUAACUAAAGAAAAUUUGUAAUUUGGACGCACGUUUGUUGUAAUAGUGUAAUGCAAUAAGUGUUAGAAAUAAUUUUCUGUUUAACACUUUGUAAAAUAAUGGAAGGAAGUUUAGUUUUAAAAAGAUUUCUCUUUAAUUAAUUCAGUCGCCUUAAAUGAUUCAGUAACUAAUUUAGGCAAGUUGAAUAGCAUUUACUUACAUUAUUAUAUAACGUCUCUACCACUUACGGGGUAGACAAAGCCAACCGUCUCGAAAAGACUGAAAGGCCACGUUCGGUCGUGUGGAUUAAUGAUGGAAUAUUAGUUCAGAUAGCGACAGGUUGCUAGCUCAUCGCCUAAAAAAAGAACUUCCUUAAUGAUAAUCUUGUCAGAAUUAGUUACUUAAUCAUUUAGUCAACUACAAGAUUAAGUGAAUUACACACUUAAUCUUGUAAUUAGCGGAUUGGCACUUAAAAUGUCGAAAUAUUAUUGUACAAAUCUUGCACCAAUCACAAUUUGGUAAUUUAGUGUCUGCAUUGUGAUUGGCAGAUGCGCUGUCAAAAUUUGAAAUUUAUCUUUAGAAUGUUAUCUCAGUAAAUAGUAGUAUAGUCUUUCAAAUUAAUAUUUUGUGAUUACAGCUAAUUGCUAAAAAUAAACUACGUUUUCCGCUUAAUUCAAUUUUUUUAUAUAACAUACCCAUGUUUGAACUAAUUUUAUACUCUCUUUUUUGUUAUAAUGUAAUACAUUUUGAGAUGUAGGUUUCUAAUGUCGUGGUCCGUUGAAAAUACAGCAUAUUGACAUUUUUAGGGUUGGCUAGUAGGGUUAAUUGUAUUCUUAAAAAUUGAAAAAGAUGAUUUAGUGAGAAAAUAUUUUUUUAAUCCCACGCAAGGGUAUGCCCGGAAAAAAAAUAGUGCAUUUUGAAUUGUAUUAUAAAUAUUUUCAUGUAUUCUAUGGGUCAACUAUUAUGCUUUUUAAAACAAAUUUGGUCAUUUUGGAAAAAUGACAAUGUUUUCUUUUUCAUAAGUAUUUGAAAUUAAAAGAAAAAAUUCACAAAGUUAUAUUCUAUGAUUCUACCUUCUACUUAUUUAUAAUAAUAAACUCUACGUAUAAUAUCAAUAAGAUUAUAUAUUACAUGGCUAUAACUGUAUUCGGUUUUAUUCGAUCAUAAUAUUAUUAAGUUCCUUA